AUGUCUGAAAACGACGUGAUUAGCAGCCCAGAGAAAAAGGAAAAAAAGGAGAAAAAGGACAAGAAGAAGGACAAAAAAAAGAAGAAGGACAAGAAGAGAAUUGAUGCAUUGGGCGAUUCUGUCGACUCUUUGAGUCUCAAGUCCUCAGAUGAUUACGAUGACGAGAGAUUCAAGCCAGUGCGCAAUCCUGCCUUCAAUCCUGCCUUGAUUUCACCUCUCGCGUCUCCCACUACGUCAAGAAAUUCGGUCAUUUCAGAUUCAAAUGGUAGUAACAGCGAUGAGAAAUGGACCAUUUCAUCAAAGAGCAAAGACAUGCCUCUCAUUCAACCCAAUACUGGAGCCAAUGCUGGGCCAAACAAUGCCACUACAGCCGAGAAAAGCCCUCUGACGCCUGCUGAAUUGCAAGGAUACGCUGCCCUAAAGUUUGUGCCUACCAACAGCUAUUCUCAUUUGGAUCCAUCCAAGUCUGAGAAUGCUUAUGCUGCUUUCAAUCAUUUACAAAAGGUCAUCAUGGCAAACAAGGAUGGUGCCAUUGAUGCUAAACAGCCACCAAAAAAUGAUGCUAUUGCUUCGUCACAACAGCAACGUGUUCAACAGCAACAGCCAUCUCAACAAAAAAAUCAACCUCAGCAGCCUCAACAACAACAACAACAACAACAACAGCGAGCACAGCCUAUGCAACAACUAGCCAAAUCAGUUGCUCAGCAACUACCACCUUCCAAACUAUCACCAUCCCCUAAGCAAUCGUCCCCAUUGAAGCAAUCAUCUCCUACCAAGCAGCAACCACAACAACAACAUCGUCAACCGCAACAACGUCCUCCACAGCCUCAGCAACAGCAGCAAUCAUCCAAGCAUAAACCUCGCACUGAGCGACUAGCUGAUGGAGCACCCGUAUUACAAUAUACUCGUGCAGUAUGGAAUUACACUGCUCAGAUCCCUACCGAAUUAUCAUUCAAUGCAAAUGAUAGCUUUGCUAUUCUCAAUCAACAACCUGAUGGAUGGUGGUAUGCUGAGUUGCUUGAUCCAAACAGAAGAAAGAGAGGCCUCGUUCCUGGCAAUUACAUGACACCCAAGUAG